CCAAUUUACAUAACCAUGGCUUCCAUUACUAAUUCUCAUUUUAUAUUGUUGUUUCUUAUCUUUUCUACUUUUAUUGUUUUUACGUUAGCAUUAGAUUUAUCAGAUGUUGCAGCAGAAGCACCGGAUGGCUUGUUACCUCUAUCCAAAAAACACGUUGUAAUUCGCAACACUGUAACAAACGGAGAAGUUUUGAAUAUACAUUGCAAAUCCAGUGAGGAUGAUUUGGGGCAUAUUCGUCUUAAACAUGGGCAUACUUGGGGUUUCAGAUUUCGUGUUAACUUUUCAUUAUCUACGUAUUUUCGUUGUCAUUUUUGGUGGAAUUCAGUUCCAGGCGGUCCUAACUAUUAUAGUUAUUGGUUUGAUAUAUUUACUGUAUACAGAGACGAUAACCCAUUAGGAAAGUAUCCAGUUUGCGAAGAAUGCAUUUGGGAGAUGUACGAAUUACGUCAAAACUAUAUUUGUCGUAUAAAUCGUGAUAAAUCAGGGUGGUGUUUCCGCAUGGACAUUGAACCUUAAGAUGAAGAAAAACACAUUAUUGUUCAAUAUAUCUUAUCUAAUAAAUACAAUCAUUUAAAUUGAUUGAAUAAAAUAAUAUCAUUGAGACUAUUCAAGCUCUCUUUACUUGAAGUGUUUAUAUCCACAAAAGCAAAUUAUGCCGUUUUUUUUUGUGCAAAUAGCAAAUUAUGUCGUUUUUUUAAUGAUUCCAUUGCAAACUAAGUUUCUAAAUCUAUGUACCAACUUUUUGGAAUGUCGUUGUCCCAAGUUAUCGGAUCUGAUUUACAGCUACCAUAUGACAAACAAUGUCUAAGAAACGUGAUGAGCGAAUGAAUGCAUCCAAAUUCUCAAAAAAAAAGGACUAGGAAACAACCACAUCUAAUGUCCUGCACUAAAAAACGAUAGUUAUUUAUAAA